AAACGGACGUCGGGAGUGUCCGCGAUUAGGGUUCCGCCUGCGGCCCCGAUGUUGUUCAUGCAGGUGCCCUGGUGUAAGGCUGAACACGUGAUUCGGUGACGGGGUUAUGUCAUUUAACAAUUUCGGGUACACAUGCGAGCUGGCAACAUCAAAGAGAACCUUCAAUCAGCUACGAACCGCAAAGUCGCGCAAAAGCUCCUGAGAUGGAGCCCUCGCCGCUGACGCAGGAUGCGCGGCCGGAGUCGUUCCAGCCGAAAAUCACAAGGCUCUAUGAAACUUUGUUUCGGGAUACUGAAGAAGACCACGAUUAUGAGCUCUCUGAGGGGUUCUGGGAGGAGUUCUUUCUCCUGCGACCGGACAGGAAGGGAUUGAAGCGCGUAAUUGAGUCUGUGAGCCCAGAUGGCAUGCUGCGAGUGCAAGGGCAUUCACAGCAGCUGUUUCUGGGAGCUAUCAAGCGGAUACGGCUGGCAAAGGAGCCUUCUGAUGAGAUUGCGCUCGAUACCUUGACCAUCUUUCUAGACUUAGCCCUCAGCAAGAAGUAUACGAAUCCGAACUCCGACGUGCUUUCAGUCCUCGCCGGACUAGACGAUGCGGAUACCGUGGUCUCAGAUUUCGUAGCCACCAUCGACACCGCAAUACGGAACGGCCGUAAUCCUAUCGUACGGCUCAAGGCUGUUCGCGCCGCUCUCGCCAUGACCGCCGGGUCAUUCCACACAGGACUUCCUUCGUACUUCACGCAUCGAGACCUCUUCCCUUCGCUGAUGAAGUACAUACAAGACUCAGAAAGCAGCUCGGAAGUUACGCCAGCGUUUUAUCUCCUUGGUCUGUUGGCCAACUACAACAGAUUCGAGUUUCAGAAUCCGUAUCGGUUGAGGAUGGAUGACUUUGUUAAUGACGGUAUUAUUCAGAAGAUCAUAGUGAGCUUUGGGAAUACUUGCGCUUCGCUGAGGGAUGCGUACGUGGCAGUUCAGGAUGAUAUACCCGAGGGAUGGACACUAGGGUCUACUCUCAACAUGAUUGGAUUGGGGGUGCUGGCACCCGCGUCGAGACCGAAGACACCCGCCUUGAGUGCCGAGGAGACCAAGGCUCUUUUCGCAGCUUUGCCGGGUCCAGCGAUAGGACUCGUGCUCUCGACAUACGACUUUGCCAACGCAAACAAGCUAUUCUGUUUCAACUUAGUAACCAUACCAGCUCCAAAGAAAGGCGAACCAUCCCCCCUGAGCUCGUUCUUCUCACUCACCUCUUACCUCUUUCAGCAUGCUCAUCGGACAUCGAGAGCGGCAUUGUAUACUUACCUUACCCUUUUCAUACUACAGAUCCUGGUGGAGGACCAGAUACUGGUAAAGCGCUUGUCGAGCGAAGAAAGUGCCAUGUCCGUCCGUUUGUGCCGGCAAAGGCAGCCGUACCUUCCGGCUGUGAAAGGGGAUCGCGUUCCUACUGCUGUAAUACUGGACCUUCUUGUCGAUGGUAUCAAUCAUAAUCUGAAAAAAAGACUGGACGUCGAUUAUUACAUCCUCUGCCUUGGUGUUCUCCUACGCAUCCUGUCAUACCUAAGUCGAGCGAAAUGCCGUAUUGCAUAUCACUGGUCGGAAUUAUGGAGGUCGUUAUUGUCAUUUUUCCGUUUCCUAUCAACAUACCCCAACGAUAUCCGACCUAUCCACGGAUCCUCUGAGAUGAUCGAUCGCUUAGUCAGCCUCCUUGCGUUCGCGCUCUCCAACGGCGAGAACUUCCUACCGGACCCGGUAGCAUACGACGACCUGUUUUACAAGAUCGUCGAGCAAGGAGAAACACUGACAAAGUUUCGGGACGCAUAUAAUCUCGAGACCUCAGGCCAGCACCCAAUACAGACGCUACUCAGCGUGUCAUCACACUAUCAUACACUCCUGCAAGAGAAGGGGAAGGCGAGGAGUAAACAUCUCAGUCCGCAAGAGGUCAGCAAUGUCAUCAAGCAGGGCUACGAAACUCUUUCUAUCGAAGCGGGGGAAGGCUUGGACCGCUGGGAGAAGUUUCGGGAGGCGGACUUCAAGGCUGUGCUCAAGCGAGUGGCUAGGGCAGCUGUUGACGACGCAAAGACGCUGCUGGUAGAAAAAUGAAGAAGUUUCAGCAUGUGCAGAACAAGCCGUUGGUAGACCAUCGAGAUUUGGGCUCACUAGUGACCACGUUAAUAUUGUGACGUCGGAGCGGAACCCGAAGGAUAGUCACCGCAGACCUCCGGAGGCGAGUGUCUCGCACCUAUAUAAAA